AUGGUACGCUAAUAAAAUGCGAGAAAACGUACGAGAUGUGCGAGGGUUGCGGCCAGAAGAUCCACGAUCGGUACCUGAUGAGAGUGGCGGACGCGAGCUGGCACGAACACUGUCUCUCCUGCUGCAUCUGCGGAGUCCUGCUGAACCAUUCCUGCUACACCCGAAACACUAAACUCUAUUGCAAAGCCGACUACGACAGGAUAUUCGGAGUGAAAUGCACGCGAUGCGGAGAUCGUCUUCUGCCGCACGAGAUGGUGAUGAGGGCGCAGCAGCACGUCUACCAUCUGCCGUGUUUCGUGUGCGUGAUCUGUCGACAGCCGCUGCAGAAGGGCGAGCAGUUCGUGUUGAGAGCGGGACAGCUCUUCUGCAGACAGGAUUUCGAGAAGGAGAUGUAUCUGAUGCAGCAGGCCGGAUCCGGAGACGACGAUCUCUUAGACGAGAACACGAGACCAAGAGACGGAAGACGCGGCCCGAAGAGGCCGAGAACGAUACUGACUUCGGCGCAGCGGAGACAGUUCAAAGCCUCCUUCGAGGUGAGCCCGAAACCGUGUCGGAAGGUCAGAGAAGCCUUGGCGAAGGAGACCGGUCUCAGCGUGAGGGUGGUGCAGGUGUGGUUCCAAAACCAGAGAGCGAAGAUGAAGAAGAUCCAGAGGAAGGCGAAGCAAGACGACGGUAAAUCAGGAGACAAGGAUAAAGGCGAUAAAGACGAUAAGAUCAUCAAGCAGGAGUCACCGAGCAGCGAGCACGGACACUACAUGAGUCUCAGCAGUUUAGCCGACGGUCAUUUCCCAACGUCGACGCAACCUUUGAACCCCAACAUGCCCUACUCACCAGACGACGCUUAUCCUGCGCAUUCCGGUGAAAGCUUCUGCAGCUCGGACAUCUCCCUCGACGACAGCACGAAUUUCGACCAUCUCGACGAGGCCACCUCCGACACGAUGUCUCUGCAAAACCUGGAGAUGCAAGGUGGGCAUUCGCAUCCGCACGAGACGAUGGCCGGUGGAAUCGCCAAUCCCAUAGACAAACUCUACCUCAUGCAGAACUCGUACUUCAGCACCGAAUAAUAAUCGCUGCUUCUUCAACAAAAUCCCAAAGCAACAAUUCUAGUCGAAACUGCGAAUCAAAAAAAAACACUUGUUACCGGUGCAUUUCUCUUGUGUGUGUAUAAAUACU